AUGGGUUGCAAUCCAACCAAAAUUCGUCUAUCUGUUGCAAAUGUUAGUCAACCUAAUGAUGUUAAACAGAAAUCAGAAUCAUUGAAUGAAUUUAAUGAACAGCAUUCAUUAGUUGUAGUUUCAAAUGUUUCUAUCGAUCUGUCACCUAUAGACAAUAAUGCAUUCUCAACAAUUGUUUGUCAACAACGACAAAAGGCUAUUGACAAUAUGACUUAUAGAACAGCUAUUGAUACAUGGCGACCUUCAUCAAUUGAAGAACUUAUUAGUUCUAUUCAAGAAUUAUCUGCUCAUGAAAAUCAAAUCGAUCGAGCUUGGAUUAUUUUCUAUUGGAUUAGUCAAAAUAUCAGUUAUAAUACAGAUGCCUUUUUUAGUAACCAAAUUGAAACACAAAAUGCUCAUACUAUAUUUCAAAGUGGAAAAGCAGUUUGUGAAGGUUAUUCAUCAUUAUAUACGGAAUUAUGUAAUCGAUCUGGAAUUCAAUGUCGCAAUGUAAAUGGCUAUGGAAAAGGAUUUGGAUUUGAUGUGCGUCAAACAAAUUUUGAUAAAACAAAUCAUGCAUGGAAUAUUAUUACAUUAAACAAUGGUCAUUCAUAUUUUAUCGAAUCGACAUGGGGUUCGGGUCAUGUUGAUCAUUUAACACAUCAAUAUAAAAAACAAUUAGUUCCUCAUUAUUUUUUAUGUCGACCAGAACAUAUGAUCUAUAAACACCUACCUAUAGAUGAUGAAUGUCAACUUCUUGCACAUCCAAUAACAAUGAAACAGUAUCUUAUGUUACCUUACAUAUAUCCAGCAUUUUUUACAUUCGAUUUGCAUAUUAUUUCACCUGUUCACUCAGCUAAAGUCGAUCUGAUCAAAGAUAAAUCAUAUGGACUAGUGCUUAUUCAAACAUCAAAUAAUAAUAUCGAAUUAUCCGGUUAUUUAGAAGAUGAAGCAGGCAACAAAAUUCAAGGCGGACAUUUUAUUUAUUUAGAUAAAAAAGAUCAAACAUUAUGGCGAUGUCAAUUUGCUCCACCAAAACCUGGAAAAUACAAUAUUAUCAUUUUUGCUGGAGAAAAAAAUCAUCAAGAUCAAUGCUUUUCAGCUGCUGCUGUCCAGUUUGCUUUUGAUGUCGAUCAUCUUCCAUCGUCACCUAUUUCUUAUCCUCAUAUAUGGUCAUACUUUUUCGAUUAUAACAUAGAAAUUAUCAAACCAAUGAAUUCUCAUUAUAUUGACUGGUCAUCAAACAUCAAUACUCCUUAUUGUGAAAUUCAAGUUCGCUCAUCUGAUGAUGUUCGUAUUUCGGCAGUAAUGAAAGAUAGUUCUACAAGUACAAAUGUCAAAAAUGGUACGUUAGUCAAUUUUGAUCAUGAAGCAGAUGUAUGGCAAUGUCUUUUUGCACCAUCAACUAUUGGUAUUCCAUUCGAAUUAACUCUAUUUGCUAAACGUCAGAAUGAAAAUGAAUCUCAUCCUGUUACUCAAUUUGUUUUACAACCAAUUCCAAGUAAUGCUCUAAAAGAAUGUAUGAUAUUUCCUGAAAUUUAUCUUCCAUUCUAUAAUAUGAGAUGUCACCUAAUUGAACCAUUAAAUGGCGUUCUUCAAAGUGAUUCAACUGUUCAUUUUCGUUGUCGAAUCCCAGGUGCACAAGAAAUUAAUAUAACCGUUGACGACAAUUGGAUUGAAGGUGAUGCAUGGAAACCAGAUGAAAAUAAUAUAUUUGAUGGUGACAUUCAAGUUGGACAAAAAGAAGUUGCUAUAUAUGUCAAGUUCAAUGAUGAAAAUAGUUCAUAUCAAGGACUUUUGAAAUAUACUACAUCCUAA